AUGGGCAUCCCACGUACCUGGGGAGGUGUCCUUGGUGGACUGUCUGCAUUUUGUGCUAUUGCUCAGGCGCAGACAUCCACUCCUUCGCCAACUUCCUCUGCCUCGGCUCAGUUCACUGUGCCCGCUGACGCAAACUUCGCUCCUGCCGUGAUUCCCAAUAUAAAGGACCCACAAGCAGUGGAUGCACAGACCGUCUGCCCGGGGUACACUGCUUCCAAUGUCCAGCAGACUUCCUCUGGCUUCACCGCUUCUCUUGCCCUUGCAGGAAAUUCAUGCAAUGUCUAUGGUACCGAUAUUGACGCUUUGAGUCUCACUGUCGAGUAUCAACGUGAGGAUCGAUUGCAUGUUUCGAUCGUGCCAACCCACAUCGGCGCAGAGAAUGCAACCCACUACAUUAUUCCUCCGGGUUAUCUGGCCGAAGCGGAAGUCGAGGAGUCCAACGUCGUCUCGGGCUUGGAAUUCUCCUGGACUAAUGACCCAAGCUUUGGAUUUGAAGUGACCAGGAAGUCGACAAAGGAUGUUCUUUUCUCUACCAAGGGAACAAAGCUUGUGUUUGAAAACCAGUUUGUUGAAUUCAAGAGCUCCCUUCCUGAGAACUACAAUCUGUAUGGAUUGGGCGAGUCGAUCCAUGGAUUUAAACUGGGAAACAACUACACCAAGACCUUCUAUGCGGCAGAUGCUGGCGCCACAGUUGAUAUCAACGUUUACGGCGCCCAUCCUUUCUAUUUGGAGACCCGUUACUUUACGGAGGGUGCUGACGGCAAGCUCACACUGGUAACAAGCGACGAAACCAGUCCAAACUCCAACUACACAUCAUUGUCCCAUGGAGUGUUUUCUCGAAAUGCGCAUGGCCAAGAUAUCUUGAUGCAGGAAGACAGCAUUACUUACCGGGCUCUUGGUGGCAGCAUCGACCUAUACUUCUUCCCAGGCCCAAGUCAACCAGAAGUCACCAAGUCAUACUUGACUACUGUCGGCCUGCCUGCGAUGCAGCAAUACUGGACCUUUGGUUUCCACCAAUGUCGGUGGGGAUACAAGAGCUGGGCAGAACUUGAGGAUGUUGUGAACAAUUACACGCACUUUGAGAUCCCAAUGGAAACUAUUUGGACUGAUAUUGACUGGAUGCUUCGUUACCGCGACUUUGAAAACGACCCUGAAGGGUUUGAUGACGAGUCAAGCAAGGGUUUCAUUCAGCGUCUCCAUGACAGUGGUAGACACUAUGUUCCAAUCAUUGAUUCAGCCAUUUACAUUCCCAACCCGGAGGACCUGGAGGACGCAUAUCCUGUCUUCGAGAGAGGAAACGAAGCUGGAGCUUUCCUGACGAACCCGGAUGGCAGCAUCUAUGUCGGGGCUGUCUGGCCAGGAUACACUGUCUUCCCUGACUGGUUGGCCGAAGGCACUGAGCAAUGGUGGAUUGACGAGAUGGUCAGAUACCAUCAGACCACCGGGUAUGAUGGUGCCUGGAUUGAUAUGAGUGAAAUCUCUUCCUUCUGUGUUGGAAGCUGCGGAAGUAACAACCUCACCCUCCAACCUGUGCAUGUCCCUUUCGCCCUGCCUGGAGAGCCUGGAAACCCGGUUCUUAUCUACCCCGAAGGAUUCAACAAAACCAACGCCACUGAGGCUGCCUUUGCUUCAUCAGCACGCGCUUCCUGGUCCAGUGCUUACCCGACCACUUCCGCCACCUCUUCCGCUUCUUAUGUCCGCACCACCCCUACCCCGGGUGUUCGUGAUGUCAACUACCCCCCCUACGCGAUCAACAAUGUCAAGGGUCCCUUGGCUGUGGCUGCUAUCUCGCCCAACGCAACCCACGCAGAUGGCACACUCGAAUAUGACAUGCACAACCUUUGGGGUCAUGGUAUCCUCAAGGCUACAUACAAUGCUCUCUCUGCUAUUUCCCCCGAUGCGCGGCCCUUCAUUCUUGGUCGCUCAACAUUUGCCGGUUCCGGAUCGUACGCCGCCCACUGGGGUGGUGACAACUGGUCCAACUGGCCAAGUAUGAUCUUUUCCAUCCCGCAAGCUCUUUCCAUGUCGCUACUGGGAAUUCCCAUGUUCGGAGCUGACACAUGUGGAUUUGCCGAUAACACUGAUAUGGAGCUGUGCAACCGCUGGAUGCAAUUGAGCGCUUUCUUCCCCUUCUACAGAAACCAUAACAUUAUUGGUGCCAUCAGCCAGGAAGCAUACAGAUGGUCCUCUGUUAUAGAUGCCAGCAAGACGGCUAUGGCUAUCCGAUACCAGCUUCUACCUUACAUGUACACGCUCUUCUACCACGCCCACACAAAGGCUGAGACAGUCAUGAGGGCUCUCGCUUGGGAGUUCCCUCACGACCCAUCUCUCGCUAAUGCGGAUCGCCAGUUCAUGCUGGGUCCGUCUAUCAUGGUUAUUCCCGUCCUCGAACAGGGCGCAACAUCUGUUAACGGUGUCUUUCCUGGCCUUAUCGAAGGCGAGGAAGUCUGGUAUGACUGGUACAACAACACCGCCAUCCCCGUGCCUUCCCAAGCCAACACAACCAUUCCCGCCCCUCUCGGCCACAUUCCCGUCUAUGCCCGUGGAGGUUCCGUCUUGCCCCUUCAGCAAGCUGCUCUCACUACCAGAGACGCACGGAACAGCCCCUGGGAUAUCCUGGUUGCACUGGCCAAGGAUGGCAGUGCAACUGGAAAGCUCUACCUUGACGAUGGAGUCAGCGUUACACCCGACGCCACGCUUCAUGCAGAAUUCAAGGUUGAGAACAGGAAGCUUGAAACCAUCAUUGAGCAUGGUGGAUGGGUUGAAGAGAACAGUCUGAGAAACGUUACCAUUUGGGGCGUUGAGAAGACAAAGAGCCCAAUCAAGUUCAACGGAAAGGUUGUGUCCGCCAAGAACGUCCACUUCAAUGGUGACAAGCAUACUUUGGUCGUUUCUCUGUCCAGUGCCUCGGCUUGGACUGGAAAGGGGUGGUCAUUGGAAUGGUAG